AUGGCCGCUGAAGAAACACCAGCUGAGAUGGAACCAAGGCUUCAUGCUGAGAUCACUGCUCAAGUUGCUGCCCAAACUGAAAGAGAUAGGCAACUUCGAGAAGAGCAGGAGGCUCAAAGGUCCUUGAGGGACAUCACUGCACCUCGUGUGGACUACAACUUCGAGGGGAGCAUUGUUGUACCUCAAGAUGCUCCUCCAGACUUCCAAAUCCCACCACACUUCAUCACUUUGGUCAGUCAACACCAGUUUGGUGGGAGUGCAAAUGAAGAUGUUCAUGGACACUUGGAGCGCUUUACCAGACAUUGUUCCACACUGAGAAGGAAUGUCAACCUGGACACUAUCAGGUUAAUGUUGUUUCCUUUUUCUCUUCGGGACACUGCUGAAGAAUGGUUGAGGACACAACCAUUGAAGAGUAUUACUUCUUGGGAUGAUUUAGCUGAGAAAUUCACAACUAAGUUCUUCCCCUACAACCACAUAAGGAAGUUGAAGCAAGAGAUCAAUUCCUUCAUCCAGCUGGACUCUGAGAAUCUCUAUGAGACAUGGGAGAGGUUCAAAAGACUCUUGAUGAAAUGCCCAGGCCACAACAUCUCCACUGCUGACCAAGUGGAGAAGUUCUAUGCAGCUCUCAAUGACUACACCAGAGACAAGUUGGACACAGCUGCAAGCGGAGCCUUUGAUGCUCUACCAACCCAACCAGCACUUGACAUCAUAAACAAUUUGGCUGCUAGAGCUGCGCACUCAAACAAUGACAGACAAAACCGGAAGGGAGAUUAUGAGGUUGAGACUCUUGAUGCAGUUCUUGCAUCCAACAAAAAGCUUGCACAGAAGGUGGAUGCCAUGGUAAAGAGGCUCGAAGGUGGACAAAGGAAUGCUGAGGAUGCUGAAUUUGAUGAAGAGGUGAAGGCCAUGGGGAGUUAUCAAAAUGAUACCUACUCCAACACUUAUAACCCAGGUUGGAGAAAUCAUCCUAACUUCUCUUGGAGGGACCAAAACAACUCAGGAGAUGCUGGUGGUUCAAAGCAAUUUCCAAAUCAGAGGCAAUACCAGCUGAAUCAAAGGCCUCCACCACCUCAAAAUCAGGGGAAUGGUAAGAAGAGUUUGGAGGAGAUUGUAGCUGAUUUGGCACUUACUAAUCAAAGUUUCAUGAAUGAGACCAGGGGUACGUUCCCCAGUGACACUCUCAUUAAUCCUAAGGACUCCAAAUCUGAAAAUUGUUCUGCUGUCACUCUUAGGAGUGGCAAAACUUUGAAUGAAAUUGAGGAGUUAGUUGAAAAGAAGAGUGUAGAACUUGAGAAAGUGGUUGAGAAAGAAAAAGAGGGAACAAAAAGUGAGGAAGCUGUAAAAAACAAAGAGAGUAAGGAUUCUUUUCCUGAGAAAAUAACUUGCAAGAGAAAACUCCCCCAAAAGUUUAAAGAUCCUGGGAGUUUUACCAUUCCUGUUGACAUUGAAGGUUUGUCUGGGGCUAAGGCCUUAUGUGACUUGGGGGCUAGCAUCAAUCUGAUGCCGCUCUCCAUGUUUAAAAAGUUGAAUAUGGGUGAGGCCACUCCUACCUUGAUGUCUUUGCAAUUGGCGGACAGGUCCAUUAAGCACCCAUAUGGGAUUGCUGAAGAUGUUUUGGUAAGGGUGGACAAAUUUAUCUUUCCUGUUGAUUUUGUGAUUCUGGACAUUGAAGAGGACUCUAGAGUUCCUCUAAUUUUGGGGAGACCUUUCUUGGCAACCGGUAAUGCAAAAAUCAAUGUUGCCAAGGGUCUUUUGUCCUUGAAAGUUGGUGAUGAAAAGGUAAAGUUUUCUGUUUUUAGAACAUUGAAGCAUCCUAACUGUGAGGAUGUGUUUAGCUGUGAAGUGAUUGAUGAAUCUGUUUGUGAAGAGUUUGCUAAGAUUUCAGGAAAGGCGGCCUCAGAAGUAAAAAAGGACAACUAUGAGUUGAACCCAACUCUCAUAAAGCUUGUAGGCGAGCACCAAUAUGGAGGUUCAGCCACAGAGAAUUUUCAUGCUCAUAUGGUGCGGUUUCAUCAGUUCAGUAGCACGGUAAGGAUAAAAGAUGUAUCUGAUGAUGCCUUUAGGCUGAGGUUGUUCCCAUACUCCUUGAAGGGUGAAGCUAAGGUUUGGUUUCAAUCUCAACCUCAAGGAAGUAUUGUUACUUGGGAAGACCUUGUGGAGAAGUUUGGUACAAAAUUCCUACCUUGCUCAUGCAAAAGUUUGAGAAAGUGUGAUUCUAAUCCUUCUUAG